AUGGACUCCCAACUAGCAGACUCGUGGCUCCAGUUCGUCCAUGAACUGGGAUUUGUACCAGUCAUUGACGGGCCAUACGAAAGCCUCAUGCAGGGAUGGGGAGCAAUAUUCGGCAAACUCAUGACCCUUUACAAGUUUCCUCCACCAGACCUGACUGUGGAAACGGAGGAUAGGAUUAUCAACGGCAUCCGCAUACGGAUCUAUAUACCACCCGACGCGGUUGACCCACCAGUUGCACUCUACUUCCACGCAGGAGGAUGGAUCAUGGGCGGCGUGGACGAAGAGGACGGAUUCAGCCGUGCACUCAGCAAGGCCAGCGGGACCACAAUACUGAGCGUAGGAUACCGUCUUGCUCCGGCAUACGAAUUCCCGACCCCUCUGGAGGACUGCGUGCAUGUAGCGCAGUGGGCGCUGGAGACAUAUGCGCCCAAAUCCGUCUCGUUCAUCGGGGCAUCGGCCGGAGGUAACCUGGCAUUCAGUACAGCACUGUCCCUGGUCGACAAAGGUCUAGGUGACCGAGUGCAAGGAGUAAUCGGAAUAGCCCCGGUGACCGUCCAUCCAGACGCCGUUCCAGUGGAAAAGCAGGCCCAGUAUACAUCGUAUCGCGAGAACGACCGGGCCACGAUCAACACGGGCUCGGCCAUGCGGACCUUUCUCGACUGCUAUGGGGCGCCACCGGAGGACCCUCGGCUUUCAUGCCUACUGCAUCCGCGGCUCGGUGAGAUGAACAAGGCCUACAUGGCGAUUGGUGGGGCGGAUACACUGCGGGAUGAUGUUAGAUUGAUGGAGCAGGCGCUGACCAAGCUUGCGGUCCCGGUGCGAUGUGACGAGUAUCCUGGGUUUCCGCCAUUUUCAUGGCUUUUUCCUUCGCCAGCUCUGAAGGUGCAUCAGAGGAAAUUCUUCGGUAAUCUGGUCCGCGGUAUUCAAUGGGUGCAGGAAUGA